CUAACUUUGCUUGCUCUUUGGGAGUGCCUCAGUCACAAACUCUCAUCAUUGCUGAAAAAAAUCCAAACCCAAACACAAACACAAAAUUCAACAAUGGGAAAUAGCUUGGGUGGGAAGAAAACCACAAAGGUGAUGAAAAUUGAUGGGGAAACCUUCAAGAUCAAGGCACCAGUGAGAGCAAGUGAAGUUCUUAAGAACCACCCUGCGGGUCUCGUUCUUCUUGAGUCAGAGGCAGUGAAGCAUUACGGCGUAAGGGCGAAGCCUUUGGAAGCAAACCAAGAACUACAGCCGAAGAGGCUGUAUUUCUUGGUCGAACUUCCAAAGGAGUCCUCAGUAGCACCUAGAAGGGUGCGCUCUGGAGUCAUCAACAUGAGUGCAAGGGACAGGCUCGAAAGCCUAGCUCUUUCUAGAAGGUCUGCUUCUGAUCUCACGAUCAUGAAGCAGACCAAAAUAAUAUCACAGCCACAGCCACAGUCACAGCCACAAUCGCAAUUGCAGCCUUUGAGGCUAAAGCUGAGGCUCCCAAAGGCAGAGGUGGAGAAGCUUAUCAAAGAGAGCAAAGAUGAGAUUGAAGCAGGAGAGAGGAUCAUGGAUUUGUGCAUUGGCAAUGGUGACAUCAACAAAAACAAAAACAUAGAUGAGAUUAUUGAGGAAAAUGAUGAGGAAGUGAUGAUGUUGGACCACCAUGUUCAUUGGAAGGUUGCAAGAAACAGAGUUGGUGACAAUCCAAAGACACGUCAGCAGAAAAGAGUGAGUUUCAUGCCAAUCAGUGAAGGAAGGACUCCACUAGCAGUGGCUUCAUAGAUGAAAAAGGUGAAUCAAGGAGUUUAAUUAGUUUUAUAUAUAUAUAUAUAUAUAUAUAUAUAUAUAUAUAUAUAUAUAUAUAUAUAUAUAUAUGAUUGCAAACCAUGUUAAUUAAGGCACUAUAUAUAUAAGGGCGUUUUUGUAUUAGUUUAAUUUUCAUGUGUUUGUGGAACCCUUAUAGUUGUCAUCAAUAACUGUAAACCUAUAAUGGUUUCGUUCAACAGCGUUAUAUAUAAUGAAAUGAUACAAAUAUAAUAUGUACAUUAUUCCGAAGAAAACAAUAUGUAAUAUUAUAAUGCAUGGUAAAGAGUAAUUGUCGAAAGAGUUUAA